AUGUUCAAUAAGUUCUCCCCGUUCGACAUCCCCGUCGAGCCAGACGUAACCAUCCACGGGGUCCACGGCGGCUCUGGUCCAGCUCUUCUCUUACUUCAUGGCUUCCCUCAAACUCACCAUAUCUGGCACCGAGUCGCCGACGAACUAGCCAAAAGUUACUACGUAGUCGCCAUAGACCUACGCGGCUACGGCCGUUCCUCAAAGCCCGAUGGAGGAGAGGGACAUGUGCGAUAUGGCAAGAAAGCCAUGGCCAAAGAUGCAGUGGGAGUCAUGAAUGAAUUACUACAACGUCGUGGCGACGGGGAAGACUCGUUUUAUGUCUGUGCUCACGACAGAGGCGCACGAGUCACUCAUAGACUAUGUGUAGAUUACCCCCAUCUCGUCAAAAAGGCGAUCCUACUCGACAUCUGUCCAACGCUCGCCAUGUAUACACAGACAACGCAAGCAUUUGCGCAGGCUUAUUUCCACUGGUUCUUUCUCAUCCAGCAGUCGCCCUUACCCGAGAUCUCGAUCUCGACCAAUGCUCAGGUAUGGGUAGAGAUUUUCAUGGGUGGACGAUAUGCGGGACUAGCGCCAUUCUCAGAAGAAUGUCUGGCGGAAUAUAAAGCGAACUUGGCAGAUUAUGAGACUGUGCAUGCUAUGUGUGAGGACUACAGGGCAUCGGCGACGAUUGAUAUCAAGGAAGCUGAGGAGGAUAUUGCUGCUGGUACGAAAGUGCAGUGUCCGGUGAGGGUGCUUUGGGGGAAGUAUGGGGUUGUAGGGGAGAAUUUCAAUGUGUUGGAAGAGUGGAGGAAAGUUUCGACUCAGAGUGUGGAUGGGAAGGCGAUUGAGUCGGGCCAUUAUAUUCCAGAGGAGAGGCCGGAGGAGGUUAUUGCGAAUGUGUUGGAGUUUCUUAAAUAG